CGUGACGUAAUCACGCAAAGUGCGUACUCUCAAUAGUGCGGGGCACGCGUGUUUCGGUUUGUUGUGAUGCUGGAGGAAGAAUAGCAGAGCUAAGCUAAAACUACCGAAAGUAUCUAGAUUUCACUGAGAAAGAAGUUGACAUUCCGGACCGAAGGAGGCGUCUGCAUUAACAAAAUGGCAGAGGCAAUCAUCAAAACGAGACAAGCACAAAAAGAAGUCAACGGAAAUCCAACAGAAGUCGUCUGCACAGAGUUCAGUAAUUACAUAUUUGUGGUCCUCACCCAGUACGGCAAAAUCGGGACAUUGAUUUCGGUCACACCUGACUCCCGAUCUAAUGAUAUCAGCACCCCCACGUUCUCCACCAAAGUGCUGCUGGGCAAAGAUGAGCCUCUGACUCAUGUCUGUGCCAAAAACUUGGCCACAUUCAUAUCUCAAGAAGCUGGAAACAGGCCCAUCUUAUUAGGACUGGCCCUGAUGGAUUCCUCCAUAGACACAAUAAAAGAAAUCAAAGAGCUCAUCAAAAGUUGUCAAGUGUGGUAGAGAGUCGGAGCCCCUAAAAUAAUCACAUUAAGUAAAAGGACCUGGUGAAAUAAAGCUUUUGGCUCCUACCAGUGUCACAUUGUGUAAAAUUAUAUUAAAUAUUACUUAUUUUGUAUUUCAAAACUCCUCUAAAUUUUGUACUGUUUGAAAUGUUCAUAAAUAAAAAAAGAUUAAAGGCAAUUUCAAGACAC